UAGAUUGACAAAACAAUGCUCAGUUCUCUGGACGCGUUGGCCGGUAAAAUCGCGAAGGCGACACCGGGAACGGGCGCCGUUGCGGCCAGCGCCAAUGGCAAUAAGCCAACAAAUAAUGCACAUCAUCCGGCCCAUCAGCAUCAUGCGACACGACAUCAUCAGUUGGAUUAUGAUUACUCAGCCGUUGAAAUUGAACCGCCCGCCGAGCAAUUGGCCAACUCGCCACGCAACGAGCGCGAAAGGUUGCAACAGGCGCAACAUGCGUAUGAGCAGCAGGCACAGGCUGAAUUGGAGUUCGGUUUGGCGGAUGUGGAUACGAAAAGUUGUUUAACACUGCUGAGUCAUCGGCGUAGCAGUAAUAAUAUGCAUACACUCAAUCAUUUAACGCAAACGGGCAAAUCAAGUAAUGGACAUGCAACGCGACAUCAGCAGCAUUAUCAUCAUCCUUAUCAGCGUCCAUUGCGGCCAGUCUCACCUAUGGUGCAGCAGCAGCAGCAGCAGCAGCAGCAGCAGAAACAACAACAACAGAGUCAGUCGCAACAACAACAACAACAACAACCGCAGUCACAACCGCAACCGCAACAACAAUCGCCAUAUCAACAGCAGCUAUCAAAUUUGGCGGCGCUGCAGGAUCAUCAUCAGGAGCUGCUGCAGUCACAGCAGGAACUGUUCCACAAGCAGCUGAUCAACAUGCAACACCAACAACAGCAACAACAACAACAACAACAACAGGAAAGGGAACGCCAAUCUUCAAUUAAUUUUAAUGAAAGCUGCAACAGUGACCACGACUCACAGCAAGAGUACAAAAUUUGCCUGAGGGAUAGUGCAUUUGGUAUGAGUGAUAAGAGCAGCAGCGCUACCAACAGCCUACCGAAUAGUCCUAUACAUAGCAACAACAAUUCAUCGCUGCUCAACAACAACAACAACAACUCGAGCAACUCUCUUAGCGUCAUACCCUUUGGUAACGGCAGCAGCAACAACAACAACAACAGCAUCAUGUCAAGCGGUUUACUGAGCAACAACAACAACAAUAAUAAUAAUCCAUGUAGUGCCAAUCGUAAUGUUGUUGUUAGUAUGGACGAUGAUUCUUGCUUCCGCCUCGACACAGACUCGACGGUUGUCACCUACGGCGAAAAGGAGCCGGAUCCAGAUAACAUUAAGAUGUUUGUGGGACAGGUGCCCAAAUCUAUGGAUGAGACUCAACUCCGGGAAAUGUUCGAGGAAUACGGCCCGGUGCAUUCAAUCAAUGUGCUGCGUGAUAAGGCAACGGGAAUAAGCAAAGGUUGCUGCUUUGUGACGUUUUAUACGCGCCGUGCGGCACUUAAAGCUCAGGACGCUCUGCAUAAUGUGAAAACGCUGAAUGGGAUGUAUCAUCCAAUUCAAAUGAAACCCGCCGAUAGCGAGAAUCGCAAUGAACGCAAGCUGUUUGUGGGCAUGCUAAAUAAGAAGCUGAACGAGAACGACGUGCGUAAACUAUUUGAAGUCCACGGUGCAAUCGAGGAGUGCACUGUGCUGCGUGAUCAAAACGGUCAGAGCAAGGGUUGUGCCUUUGUAACAUUUGCCACCAAACACGCUGCCAUUUCAGCCAUUAAAGUUACUCUGAGUCAGAAUAAAAUCAUGGAGGGCUGUACAUCGCCGUUGGUUGUAAAGUUUGCCGAUACGCAAAAGGAGAAGGAACAAAAGAAGAUUCAGCAAAUUCAGGCGAAUUUAUGGAAUCUGGCUACCAAUAUAAAUAUACCAUUGGGACAGACGGCGACUAGUGUGUCCACACCGAUACUGCCAAACCCACCGCAACAACCGUCACCGGUAAUGGGAGCCGAUGCACUGACACCUGCCAGCAUUCAGUUGCUGCAACAGCUGCAGACAGUGGGAUUGCAUCAACAGUUGCUGCAAGCGCUCACAGGCUUGGGUGCUGCACAGCAAAACAGUUCGACGCAGGAUACGACGAGCGCUGCAGCAGCUGCUGGUCUCCUCAAUCCGCUUUCCGUACAGAAUUUGGCAGCCAUUGCCGCGAUGACGCAACCAAGUCUAUCGAAUGCUGCCACAUCGCCGGGCAGCGCACAGUUGACCAAUACAGCGGCACUUUUGUGGCCUGAUGCGAAUCCAUUGGCAUCGGCGUAUAUGUCAACAGCCGCUGGCUUACCGCAAUUUGGAAGCACCACGGCGUUGUCCUCCUCCCCGUUGGCCAGCGUUGCGUUGAGCGCCGCUGCGGCCGCUGCUGCGGGCAAGCAGAUUGAAGGUCCUGAAGGCUGCAAUCUUUUCAUUUAUCAUCUGCCGCAGGAGUUUACCGAUAACGAUUUGGCCUCCACCUUUUUGCCAUUUGGCAAUGUAAUCUCGGCCAAGGUGUUCAUCGAUAAACAGACUUGUCUCUCCAAAUGUUUUGGAUUUGUUUCCUUUGACAAUCCGGAAUCGGCACAGAUGGCCAUCAAGGCCAUGAAUGGCUUUCAGGUGGGCACGAAGCGUUUAAAAGUGCAGCUGAAGAAACCGAAGGACGCCUCCAAGCCCUACUAAGAAAUACCAAGAAAGAAAGAAAAGAGAGAGAAAUUAAUAUUACCAAGCCACAACAACUAUAAGAUGAAGACGGAGACCAAGAUCAACAUCAACAAUAACAUCAACAACAGCAACAACAUCAAUAGCUAAAAGAGCAACAAGAAAUGUUUUUUUUUUUAUUUGAUACACCAACUGAAUUUGUCAAAUGGAGCAGUCCAAUGAACGAAUGAAUCGAGUCUACCGUGUGGAGCGCGCGCGUUAAAAGUAGAA